AUGAAUCUCCCCUUCCAAGAGUUCGUGGACGCCUUCGCCGCGCGCCUCUUCCCCUUCUGCGACGAAAUCAACCUCGUCUGCUCACGCCUACAACAUCAGCACAGGAAGGCCGAUACCAUGCAGGUAAUAGAGGACUUCCUACUCCUCACCUCACGCUUCAAGGCCCUCUGCCGUCGCUGGGGACAAUCGCGGAGAUAUCGCUGCCUCGACUACUGUUUUCUACGCAAGGUCGACGAAGACAUCGAAUUGCAAAUCCGGUCGGACGUCAGCUUCAACCACCUUUCACUUCAAAACCUACUCGAGAGACCUACUCGAGAGAAUCAAGGCCAUCCACCCUUUAAGUACCCUGCGAAGCCGUGUACCCCAACUGCAACAGAGGGGGACACUUCCAAGACGGCAGAUCACGAGAAGGGUUUAUUAGGCACUGGCAAAGCGCCCCUUCGCCGUGAGCCAGGAGGAUCAUUCGCACUGAGCAUCGACGACAUCAAAAACAACAGAGAGCUGCUACGGACCUUCGCGAACAUGUAUCACGAGCAAUUCGAGAAGGAAUCCUGCUACUACCACAAUGCCAAGCAGGGUCGGGAACGGAGACGGGAUGGUACAGCGCACCAGAGUCGUUGGGGCGACCCGGGCGACGAAGCAACGUUCAGCGACGAAAUGCUCGAAUCCGGACGGGUAGAAAGUCUACUCGUGGGGGCCCAAGAGGAAAACCGUCUUAACUGUCGACAUGUGCAACUUCCGGAUAUACUCAAGCUGCCUACGACUCGACAUGGACGAAGGUCGGACGUUGCAAGGUACUAG